AUGCGAAAUCUAAAGAUUCUUCUUGAGAGAGAUUUAUCAAAAGAGCGUCAUGAGUUGCUAAAGGACCAAAGAUUGUUUCGUAACAGAGCAAGAAAACAUUCUAUAGAAACAAAUAAAAGGAGGAGAGCACUUGAAUUAAAAUGGAAAGAGGAUGAAGAAAAAGAACAAAAAUUUAGAGAACAAAUAUUGCUGCAGAGGAAACUGAAACAUCAGGAAGCAACUGAAAGAUUCCAACGCAGUCAUCUUUUAUCUUCACAACACAGGAAGGGAGGAGUGCAGAGAAAGCCAGAAAAUAAAUUGGAUGAAGCCCAGAAAAUUCAGGUGUCAGGAUUAUCAUCAUCCAGAGUCACUGGAAGAAAUGGUCCUUUUCAUUGGAAACAGAACUCAGCAAAACCUGUUUGUGAUAGGACACUACAGGCAAAAAACAGGACAAAUCUGGGUAAUGGCCAACUUCUCUUCCAACAAAAUCUAGAUGAAAUGCAGCAGCAAUUACAAAAACAGCAUUUCAGCAACCUUCAGGAUUUUCAUCAAGAAGUAAAUGAAAUAGCCCGUUCAGGAAGUGUUUGUAGUGUUGACAGCCUUGAGGCUGGAGAACCAAAUGGAAGUUGCAGAGCACCCUCUAAAACCUCAUCUUUAUCUACUCAGUUGGAGUCUUCAGUCCAGCAUUCAGAAGGAUCAAAGAGCAGAAGUAAACAUUUAUCAGCUGAACGUGAGGAUACUUUUUCUAAAAAUCAGCAUGUGAAUAAUUGGCUUAUAAAUUUAAAUACUUCAAAUAUCCAGACAACCUCCCCUUUUCGUGACAUUUUAAUUAAAUACAAUGUUGUACCAUCUGAUGAGGACACAUGCAGUCCUGACCUGAAAUCAUCAGUUCCAACUUCAUCUGAACAGAGAGAGUCUGAGAGAUGUGCUUCUGAUGGUAAUCUAACUUUUGAACAAAAUAAAACAGAAGACAAAAGCUUUCUGUUGAACUGUCCGUCUUCAAACAUAAUUAGCACAGGGGAUCCUUUAGCUGCUGACAGACUUGUAGCCAAAUUAAAUAAAGCAUUGACUGUCCCUGAUCCUCCUCCUGCGGUUUCAGAACAAGAGAAUUUUGAACUUUCUCAGAACAACAAAACUUCAUCAGCACAAACCUUCAGUCCCAAUGUAGUCUUCUCUAAUCAACAGUGGAAUAUCACUUCCUAUUACAGCAACAGCUUCUUACUUAAUUGCAUGCAGAAGGGAAAAGAUAUUCAUGCAGCAAGGUGUACUGAAGAUAUAGAUAAUGUAGCUGAAGUUAAAGAUGAAAAAUCUUUUGACCAUGUUAAUGUUGAGGCAUCUACAUUUGAAGAGCCUUCUAAAGGCAGCACUGAUCAGCACAAAGGCAAUGGAGAAGGAAAAGAGGCUGAAAUUAUUUUACCUAUGCCCCAAGGAGAUGUAGCAACCAACUUAUCUGACCUUGACCAGCAGAAGAAUGACAAUAUGUGUGAGAGAAAAGUGGUGAAACUACCAAAAAGCAUUUUAAAAAAGGAAUCUAAAUAUGAACUUGGCUGUUUCAAAGCAAUGGUUGUAAACAGAGGUAUCAGAUUUGGGCAUCAGCCUGUGGCUUCUGCUAGAGACAGUGUUGAAUUGGCAAAAAUAAAAGGGAAAGAUGGGGAAGCUCAAAAGAAUUCUAAAAAGCUAAGGUGGUUUGAUGAAAUUAACAGAGUAGUGGAAGCUAAUGAUGAUGAAAAAGUUUCAGAACCAAGUGUUAGUGAAAUACCUCAGGUACAGCCCCAAGCACCUGGCUUUCAAAUUAAAGCCACUGCUUCUAAAACUAACAUUAGAAGCAUUCCGUCUUGUUUGCUCAAUUCUGUUUUUCCAGAAAAUAAUUUAGAGAAUUCUCAAACAUCUGCCAAACUUACUAGUGUUGGAAACUCAGAGAAUGCAAUACACAGUGUCUUUGUGUCUAAAGGGUAUCAUAUUGCUAAGCAAGCAUGGAUGGCACCAAGAAAUGAAGAAAUUAUACCUCUUAUAUAUAAUUGUGAUCCUAAAAAUCCAAAAAUGAAUCCACGGAAAGGUAGAACAAAAAUGAUGAAAAGACCAAAAUCUGCCAAGGUUCCAUCAUCAACUGUAUUAACUAAAAACCGGAAGAGUGCCAUUAUCCGACCACAGUCUGCUAGUGAAGCUACUAAAGUAGUAAGAGCUCCAGGCAAAAUCAUAAUGCCCCACCCUCCAUGUAAACCUAUACAAAGCAAAAAGCCAGAUGAAAAUCCUACAGAUGGUGUGUGUCAAUCAUCAAAUUUGAAUAAGCCUUCCACAGAUGCUGAAAAUAGUCAGAGCGACAAGAAUCUGUUGCCCGAAAGUCAAAGUUUGGGAAGAGGUUAUACAGAAGAUCCUUCAACUUCAGGUAGCUCUUGCCAUUCUCACAUAGCCACUAUCAGACCUUCCUACAGUAUAUAUACCUAUGAGCCUUUGACAAAGGCAAAGUGCAUUAUGAAUACGAUUCCACCAGUUGCCUACUGCAACAACAUUUCAAGGAGAAGUCCCAUAUUCUCAGAAAAUGGAUUAUGUCCAGAUCGCACACCAACUGAUGAAGAAAUCACAAUUUUGUGGCAAGGAGUACAUCGUGCAUUGGUUCAAAGGGAUGGUGCUGCUGGCGAUUCACAGCAUUAUGCUUCCUUAUGCAAUAAUUCAAAUAAUGGUGACUUGCAGCACACUAGAUCUAAUGUGUCUCACAUCACUAUAGAUGGUGGCAAUCUGAUGAGCAAUAUGAAAUCAGGUGUUAGGGUGAAUCCUAUUUUUUCUUCCCAACCAAGUGCCCAUUUUGCUUUUGCAAGACGAAAACAAAUUAAUGAAAAUAAUGAAAAUAAACGCAAGGCUCUUUUAGAACAGAGGAGACAAAUGUCAGGCUCUUCAGGAAGGAAACCCAGUAGUGCUGGACAGAAUAUAUCACAAGCCACAAUGCAAGCUCAGUGUAUGUUCGAGCCAGUGCGAGUCACAGGCGGCGUCAGUAAUUCUGAUGAAGAUAGUACUACACAGUUCCUGAUAGCAGAAAACCUAGUGAAUGCGGAAGGUGAAAUUUUGGCUGGUUUGGAUACAUCGCAACCAUAUAGGCAGAUUGCAAUGCGAAAUAGACCCCCGCGGCAAGGAAUGAGUACUCUGUCAUUUGAAGAGCACAAAGUUCUUCAGUCACUUGACCGCAUUAAUCACCGGCUGCAGAAUGUUCAUGAAACCGUUAACAAAAACCCAUCUUCUACAAGUGUUUUGCAGACUAUCUCCCCUUUGGUCACAUCUCCCUCAUACAUGGACAUAAUGCCUCACAUGCAAAGGUAUAGGAGCAUAUUGGAUGCCACCCAUAACCUAAAGCAAAGAAGAUACUGACUUGGCCCUAAUAAAGGUUGUUGAACUGAGAUUUAUUUAGUAUACUCUCAGUUGCUAUAUUUGUAACUUAUAAUUAUUUGCAACGUGCCUUAAAUGCUAUUUUUUAA